UGAUUGCGGGAUAUGAUACUAGUGAAGAACUGGUAGAGUUGGGAGAGACAUCGACCAUGAAUCGAAAAGUAUCAAGUUCUUUGUUGUUGUUGAUAAUUGUUGUGGGAAAGUCACAAGGAUAUGGAACAAGCGGAUCCUUCAGUAAAAGUUUCAGUUCUUCCUCAGCUUCAUCUUCAUCUGCAUCAUCAUCCUUCAGCAGUUCCGGUUCGUUCUCAGGCAGUGGCCCAAUUGACCUCAUCGGUUUGAACGCGCCUCUCAAAAAUGGGUUAGCAGGAAGUUCGUCGUUCUCUUCAAGUGAGGCUCACGCUGAUUUCGGUGGGGCUAGUGCAUCAUCUGGGUCUAGUGCUUCAUCAGGAGCUAGUGCAGGAUCUGGAGCUUCUGCAAUUUCAGGAGCAUCUUCAGGAACAGGAGGUCUACCGGGACUUUUAUCAGGAUCGCAGUCCUUGUCUGGUGCUGGGUCAUUACCAGGAGUACUAUCACAUACAGGAUCGCUCUCCGGAGCUGGAUCAAUAGCAGGAUCUGGAUCAGUAGCAGGAUCGAGCGCAGUGUCUGGCUCAGGAUCAUUUUCUGGGGCAGAUUCUUUGGCUGGGAGCAAAUCAACAGCAGGGUCAGGUUCUGAAUUACUGCCAGGGUUACUACCAUACCCAGCUGGACCUGGAUCCACAGCAGGAGCUGGAUCUUAUUCUGGAUCAUCAUCAGGAAGUGGCUCUUUUGGGCAAGUUCCAGAAGUAGGAGUAGGGCAUGAUUUGAGUUCUCCUUCCUUGUCUCCCGGUGGAAUUGUAUCGCAACCAGGUUAUGGCGCUUCUUCUGGAAGUGGAUCAUCGGCAAAAUCUAGUGCUGGUGCGGGUUCGACAUCAUAUUCUGGAUCAGUAACUGGGACAGGAUCAUUUCCAGGAAGUGGAUCACAUCCUAAUUCUUUGCCAGGUUCGGAAUCAUUAACAUCAUCAGGACAAAGUUACGAUUUGAGUUCUUCGAAAGGAGCUGUUCCUCUCAGUGGAACUUCAAUAUAUUCAGAUCAUGGUGUUCAACAAGGUUCCUCGAAAUAUGGUGGUACUAUUGGUGUCAACAAAUACCCUACUUUGCCAAACAUUGUGAAAGAUUCAACGAAUCAUGGUGUUGGUUAUAUCUCUGGAGGUUCCUCUCAGUCAAGUUCUGGUACUUACUCAGGCGGUUCUUCUACCACUUCUUAUAAAGGACAAUUCCCAGGGCCUGAUGGUAGUAUUCACGAUUUCAAACCAGUGAACCCAGGAGGUGGAAGUCCAACUGCACCAUCAUCAACGGUAGUCCAUAUAGUCGAGACACCAACAGUACCCAUUUACGGUUCUUCUCAGGCAGGUGCUGGAUCUCACUCAGGAAGCCAAUCUUCUACUUCCUAUAAAGGACCCUUCCCCGGACCCAGUGGCAGUAUUCACGACUUUAAGCCAGUAGCUUCAGGAGGCGGAUCUCCACCAUCUUCAACAGUUGUGCAUGUAGUUGAAACACCAACAGUUCCCAUUUACAGUUCAGUGCCAACGAAUACAUAUACCCAUACUGGUUCCAAAAGCAGUGGGCUGUCAUACAACCUGAUAAUUACUCUACCAGGUUCUAAGGGUAGCAUUUAUGACAGCAAACCAGCCACUCAUGUAGGAACUUAUUUCACUGAAGAAAAAGAAGAUACGUUACCAGGAUCUUCUGGAAACAUCCACCAAAGUACUCCCGUUCAUACACAAGGACAUUAUGGAACCCACUCAGACAAACCAACGGUUAUUGGUACCACUACUGCUUCUGAACCUCAUGUAACUGCUGAAAUAAUCAGCAUCCUUCCUGGUAAGCCGGGAAGCAUCCAUGAUAGUAAACCUGCUUUUGGCUAUACGACUAGUGGUGGUACUUCCUCUGGUUCUUCUUCACAAGGUAGUGUCUUCGGAUCAGGAUGUCCUGGUGGCUCAUGUAGUGAACCAAGUGGAGGUUAUUACAACAAACCAAGUGGAGGCUAUCAUAACAAACCAGUAUCCAAGCCAGUUAUCCCCUCUACAUCUGGUUGCUAUGGUGGUGUCUGUGGUGGAGUGAAACCAACAACUCCAGUUGUUGAAAUAUGUUCAGGACCAUUCUGUAAGCCUACAGGUUCUACUGGAGGAUCUUCAAAUACCUAUGAUAAAGUUUCUGGACCAGUCUCUGGAUGUUCCGGUAUCUCUUGCAAAGUUAAUGGAGGCUCUUCCUCAAGCGGAUACCAUUCCGGUUCUUCAAGCUCCUCCUAUUCUGGCACUUCCUACAAUCAACAAAUCUCUAAUAGUGGAAUAGAUCUCAGUAGCCCAAAUUGUUCAGGAGGUUCUUGUCACAAGAAAUCAGAAGAGCCAAGCGGCAUAGAAUGUUCUGGCAUUUCCUGCCUUCAGUAUAUCAAUACCCCGGCAAACUCUUAUAGCGGAUCUCAGCCUAGUUUAGUGAAACCAACAGCUCCUUCCAUAGACCUCACAGCUCCCGUAGUUGAACAUGAAACUGAACCAGGCUGCUCCUCCGGCAAGUGUCACACAUCUCCUUGUUCUGGAUCUUCUUGUGAACCUCACACUGGACACCAAAAACCUUCUGGAGUAUCUUAUGUGGAAAUACCAAUAUGCAUCGGUAGUGGUUGUAGCAAACCAAGCGGAAACUCUUACAAUAAACAAUCUGUACCAGGCUGCACAGGUUCCUACUGUUCUGGAAAGAAUCCCGACAGUGGAUCUUAUUCCAGUGGUACCUACCAUAAACAAACACCCACGAUUGGAGUAGUAGUAACACCAACAACGGGAACAACACACACCCCUACUCCAGGAUACACAUCUUACAAUCAAAAGCCUAGUUGUUCAGGACUCAACUGCCAGGAUAAAACUCCUUCUAGUGAAGGAGAAGACUUAUCUAGUUUGAUUGCGUCAACAUAUAAUACACCUGGUUGUUCUGGUAGUUCCUGUGGCACUGCUGGCGGUGAUUCUUCGAGUGGAACUUAUUCUUACAACCACAAACAUGGGUCUCAUCAAGGUGCAGGAGUACCAGUUCAGCCUCAGGAUCUUACUGGAAAGAUUGACGUGAGAGUCAAGCCUACAUUGCCAACUGUUGGAUACCACAGUGGAGGUGAAGUGCCAGGAUAUCAAAAGAAUAUUUAUUCUAUUGCUGGUCCAGGAACUGGAAAUCUUCCCAUCGAUCAAUCUCCAACGGUUUCCUACAACAACCCUGAAGGUGGAUCAUAUUUUUCUCCUCUAUUUGGUUCAGAAGCACCAAAAUCUGAUGGUUUUGCCAUCGGAAAUGUCCUUAUCCAUAAAUCAGAAGGAACCGAAACUCACGAAGACUUAGGUGGUUUAUUGGAAGGAAGUAGCACCAAACAACCAGGUCCAUUAUGUUCGGGAACUACUUGUAGUACUGAUAAGCAUUCUGGAGCAUCAGAAGCUCAUGCUGGAAGUGGUUCUAACAGUUACUCUGGCAGUUUCUCCGGCAGUACGUCUGGUAGCUCAUCUGGUGGAAAUACUGGCUUCGUGAAGGGAGAAGGAUCUGGCGUUCAGCCUGGUGAUGUAUCUGGAGGAUAUUCUGGCAGUGGGUCUGGAGCUGGUUCUGUCAGUCAUUCUAGCGCUAGCUCUGGAACUCAUACUGGUGGCCAAACAGGUGGUUUAUUGGAAUAUCCUGGAGAUAAUUCUGGAAUUAACGCUGGUAGUUCAGCUGGAGCAAACUCUGGCGGUCAGUCCAGUAGCAGCUUCUCCAGUGCAAGUUCUAGUAGUUAUUCUGGUAGUAGCUCUGGAAGUCAAUCAGGUGGAAAUUCAGGAAGUAGUUCAGGAGGAUAUUCUGGCAGUGGAACGGGGAAUUCCGGAUUCAACUUAGGUCUUGGCUUGGGAAUUGGCAAAGGUUGCUCUGGUGGUAACUGUGGACUUCCAUCUCUGGGAGGAGGAUUACUUGACUUUGGAGUCAACUUGGGAGGUAGUUCUUCACACAGCGGUUCCAGUAGCGGAUCAUUCAGUGGGGUAAAGGGAGGCAGUGGAUCUUAUUCGAAAUCAAGUAGCUCUUCUGGUGCAGGAUUGAAAGCUCUCACAGACUUACUCCAUCCAAUCGGAAUUGGGGGAGCAUUCUCUGAAUCUGGAUCGUUUUCCAAAUCUGGAUCACUGAGCGGAUCGAAUUCUUUCGCUAAAAGUGGGGCAUCAUCUUCAGCUUAUUCUGGAUCGUUUGCAAGCAGUGGAGCAGCUGUAUAUUGAGGUGGAUGAAGUGCCAAACUCAUUAAUUUUUAUUCCACUGGGCACAUGUGAUCAUAUUUAUUAAUAAAUAAGAUAUUUUUUACAAA